AGUAAAUAGCGAUUAUGAUCAGGAUUAUUUAGGCCUACUAGUGGGUAAUAGUGUAUUAUCCUAUGCAUGGGAAACCUGUUAAGUUGUGCAGGCUCAUUUUUGUUUAUUUCUUACUACGUCUACUCUCCAAUAUUCUAAUCGAAAUUGUUGGGAAGAAGUAGGUAUCUUGAAAAAAAAAUCUACAUCACAUAACAUUUACACAACAAUAAUGGGUAUUUCCGAAAUGAAAUACUACUUGCAGCCAUUUUCGCCGUAAUCACCGUAGACAGAAGAGCCGAGCUUAGUGAAAAGCUGUGAUGGAGAUUAGAAGAAUUAGAAAAGAAAAUGAAAACUAAACAUCAUGAAAUUUCAGACCUUCAAAAGUUCUGAUGCAUUGGCUACUUUUUCUUUUCUUAAAAAAAAAAAAACAUGCCGAUUCCCAAAGCAAAGAUGAUGAUGAUGAUAAUUGCAUUAAUAUCUUUUGAUGCAGCUUGUUCUGGACUUCAAAUAAACCUUAAAUUAGCUGAUUUAGACAUGAACUACACACAAUGUAGUAAAGGACUACUGUCAACAGACAAGUUUAUGUUGAUUGGUAAUAUUACUAACUUCAACUUAAAUCAAUAUGCUAACGGAAAUAUUUUACUGAUGAGCAAAAACAAAAACAACAUUACAGAUCAGAAACCUUUAAAGACGCUAUUCAUUGACAAGGAUUGCAAUAAAACGAAACCUAGCGAGAUCACCUGUGUAAUUAGCAUCGAUAAAAAAGAGAUAAUUACAAAGUUUACAGAAUCAGCCAGCAAAGAAUAUAACAACGUAUACGUGUUCCUCAGACUGUUCUAUAUGUGGUCUUUCGAAGAUAGUUCAGAAGUACAACUGCCACAAUCAUAUGAACCAAAUAAUACCGCAGUGUUUGUAAACGACCAAGUGCUUAGUAAUAACAACACUGCAAUAAUUGUAGAGAACUCAACUUUACAUUUUCGUUGUCCCGAAGAACCCAGUCCAUGUGAAGUUUUUAUUUACAUUAACGAAUCCUUAGUGAAAAGCAAUCUAACCAGCUUAGUUCUCAAGGAUGUAGAUAUCGAAAACAAUGUCUACAGGUUUGUAACCAAAGUGUGUAAUUCCAAAAUUCAGACUACAUAUACUCCUUGUCUUAUUGACAAUUGUAAACGCAAAUCAAGAGUUCUUUCAGAUACUAAAGAUACUAAAGGCGUUUCUUUGGCCAUUGCAUUGAUACCAUCGCUAAUAAUUGGUUUUUGUGUAGGUAAACAUAGACUUGGUAAGUUUAAGUAGUACUUGCAUGUGUAA